AUGGGUGAAAAAAACUUUUUUGCGGCGGGAACCGACGGUGCCAGCGGAGAUGCCACCGAUGAUAUCGGUUAUGAAGGACAUGGCGAUUCUCAUCCCUCGAGUCGCCAGCCGCGUCUCCAGCGGAGAUUGAAAAGCAGACAUCUACAGAUGAUUGCAAUUGGUGGCACAAUUGGUACAGGCCUGUUUAUCGGAAGUGGCGAGGCUAUAUCUCACGCUGGGCCAGUAGGGGCACUCAUCGCUUAUAUGUUCAUUGGUUCCAUUGUGUUUUCGGUCAUGACAUCUCUUGGAGAGAUUGCAACGUACAUUCCCAUCCCAGGGGCAUUUACAGCAUAUGCCUCGCGGCUUGUUGACCCUAGCCUUGGGUUUGCCAUGGGCUGGAUCUACUGGUUCUCAUGGGCCAUCACUUUCGCGCUUGAGCUGACGGCUACUGGCCUGAUUAUCAAGUAUUGGGACCAUUCCAUUCCCAUCGAAAUCUUUAUUGCGGUUUUCUGGGUGAUCAUCUUUGCCUUUAACAUGCUUCCGGUCAACUUCUAUGGUGAACUGGAGUUUUGGCUUUCCAGCAUCAAAGUUCUCACGGUCGUUGGGUUCAUCAUCUUUGGCAUCUGCAUCGAUGCCGGCGCUGGCCAACAAGGAUACCUUGGGUUCCACAACUGGGUGCAUCCGGGACCCUUUGCUGACUAUCUCGUGACUCCCGGCCCAACGGCCAAAUUUCUUGGCUUCUGGGCGGUCCUCAUCCAGGCCGGUUUCUCAUGUCAAGGGACCGAGCUCGUCGGACUGGCUGCCGGUGAAAUGUUUUUCAUCGGCCUGCUGGUACCCUCGACCAAUAAGCGACUGCUUUCCUCGGCCUCGAACGCAUCAGCAUCGCCGUUUGUGAUCGCGGCAGACUUGGCUGGCGUUCCCGUUCUGCCGAAUCUACUCAACGCAGUCCUUUUGACGGUGGUAUUGUCGGCUGCUAAUUCCAACGUUUAUACUGGCAGUCGUCUGUUGGUUGGAUUGGCGCAAGAAGGCUUUGCACCUCAUUGGUUUUCCAAUACUACGAAAGGUGGUGUGCCAUACAAUGGAGUGGUGGCUACCGUCGCAAUUGGCUUGCUCGGGUUCAUGAAUGUUUCCAACAAGGCAACAACAGUUUUCAACUGGCUCCUGAAUAUGUCGGCCGUGGCGGGGUUCAUCCUCUGGGGCACCCUGAAUCUCUGCCACAUUGCGUUCAUGCGGGCGCUUAAAGCCCGCAAUAUGUCUCGGGACAUGUUGCCCUACAAGGCUCCAUGGCAGCCUUUCCUGGCGUAUUACGGAUUGUUUUUCAAUGUUCUCAUCGCUUUGACCCAGGGCUUUACCGCAUGGAUCCCGGCAUUUGAUGUGAGUAGCUUUUUUGCGGCCUAUAUUAGCUUGAUCCUGUUCGCCGUUUUCUACAUUGUCCACAAGCUCGUGUUUCGAGACCCUCUGGUUCACCCACUCCAAGCCGAUUUGGAUACUGGCCGUCUGGAGAUCGAAAAUCAGCACUGGGAGGUUAGCACCCCUACCACCUGGUAUGGCAAGGUCUGGCGGAUCCUGGUGGAUUAA